AUGCUUGCCAGGACGUCUUUGGUUACUCUUUUCGCCGUUCUUACCGUCUUCCUGACCGGUCAGGUGGCGGCGGCCCCAGUGCCCAUGCCCUUGAAGGUUGCCAUGAGGGAGCUCGAGGGGCGCACCUCGGAACCAUUGAAGACCAUCCCUGUCUACAAGCGCCAGAUUCCUGCAGAGCAGGCCGUGACUGCGCCCAACGGCGUUGUCCGCGUCUUCGGCACCCGUGAAGAGGCGAUCGAACGUCGACAGAUCCCCGCUGAGCAAGCUGUAACUGCACCUAAUGGCGUUGUCCGUGUCUUUGGCACGAGGGAAGAGAGGUUCAGCCGUCGACAGAUCCCUGCCGAGCAAGCUGUGACCGCGCCUAAUGGUGUCGUUCGUCCCUUUGGAACAAGAGCAGAGGCGCUCAGACGUCGACAAAUUCCAGCUGAGCAGGCCGUUACCGCUCCCAAUGGCGUCGUUCGCCCCUUUGGAACUAGGGAACUACUUGCUCCUCGACAGAUCCCGGCUGAACAAGCUGUGACUGCGCCGAACGGGGUCGUUCGUCCGUUCGGCACAAGGGAAGAAUAA